GUAUAGAGGUAUACAAAGAAUGAUAUUAAAAUUUUCAUUGAUUUCCCAGCUUAAUCUAGAUCUAAAUUGUGGUUUAAAAGGGCUUAAAAGAUCUGAUAAGACGCUUAAGGAUAAAGCAAUGGAAAGAUAUUCAAUAUUCAGUUUUCAUAAUUUUAUUGUAUAUUAAAACUAGUAAAAACAAUGUAUCGGUACAAAGUGUUUUGGACUUAAUAAUGUAAUAAACAGUGGUUUACAUGAUGUUAUUACUCAUCAGAAAUAGAAAAAAUUGAGUAGCUUUACAAGUUCUAAGUUUAUGUUUGAAGAAUGGCAAUUUAUUCGUUGAUAUUUCGACGCGGAGUUUCUAGCCAAAUUCGCUUACAAGCUUUACUGAACGCAGUUUGUGCCAUAUAUAUCAUAACGAUGACUGUGAUGGUAACGCACGUGUCAUUUUUCUAUAUUGUACCGGAAUGUUACGGACAUGACGGAAUGAUGAUCUUUAAACAUAGACUGGGUAUUUGGUAUAUAUUUACUGCAGUCGUAGGAAAUUACCUCACGUGCAUCUUUACGGAAACGGGAACUAAACCGGAAGUGAAUGUUUCACAAGGUGGUAAAGUAGAGGAAAGGGACAGACAUGUGCCUGCCAAUUGUAAAAUUGUUAAAAGGAAAGUACGAUGCAAAGACGAAAGGCAGGGGCAGAUCCGUAGGAAAAAAUCUGAGAAAUUUUGCCGAACAUGUAAUAUUGCUGUUUCGUUAAGGACGCAUCACUGCUUUUUAUGUGAAAAAUGUGUAAUAAAACGAGAUCACCAUUGUUUCUUUAUGGGUGUUUGCAUCGGAAAAUCCAACCAUGUGUACUUUAUUCUUUUCACUUUGUUCAUGGGAAUAGGUACUUUCUAUGGAUUGUUAUUAAUUGCCAAGUAUCUAUACUUUCUUUAUGGAAUUCAAUUUCAAGGACCACAGACCUUCUUUUCUUUAUUCUUCAACACUAUUGUAACUCUGUUACAAGGUCGGAUACCAUCAUUCCGAUAUUUAGGAUUAUUUCUGAUGUUGUACGUGAGUUUAGCAGGUACACUAGUUUCGUUUGGAUUUUUGUUUUGGCAUGUGGUUAUUGUAACACGUGGACAAACAAGUUAUGAAGCAAGAAUGGGAAUAACUAAAUAUUCGAAAGGGACUUACAUGGCAAACAUUCAACAAGUUUUCAGUAGAUAUAAUAUAAUAUCGUUGUUGGUCCCAUUUUGGGACCUUGCAAUGGACAACAUCAGUUCAGGAUAGCAGAGUCAUUUGUUGAAUAUUUCAUUUGUUUUUGACAAUAUAUACACUGUAAGGUGAAAAUGCUGAAACUUCUCAAGGUCACAGUAUUUGCUAUUCUAAAAUUAGUUUUCUUUGAAUUUGAAUAAAAUAUCUUUGUUAAUACAACAG